AUGAAAGAUGCUGAGAAAAACAUAAAUUACAUAAAGGAUUUUAUUCAAACUUUUUAUUUCGCAAAAAAUAUCGAAUUGAUAAUUGACGAAUCGGCACUUAAACAAAUAAAUAAAACACAUAAGGAAAAUAACUCAAGUGUAAAUAUAUAUUCAUGCUAUUCUAUAUGGUUAUGUAUGAAUGAAAUAUAUCCAUCAUGGUUUGACAUAUCUAUACAUCCUGCUCAAUUUGAUUCGGAGAUGGACGCUUACGAAUGCAUACUCAAAUAUCUUAAUGAAUAUCACGAAAACAAAUUCGAAAUAAUUAUAAAAAAAAUAUUGGGGAAUUUACUAGGAUUGACAAUAAAUGACUUCAUUGACAUUUACAGUUUAGUCAUAUUAGCAGCCCUUGUAUCAGAUGACAAGCAAAAACAUAUAAAUAGCAUUUUAUCUCUUAGUCAUGAAACACAAAAAUAUAUACACAAUAUUGUCGAAGUUUUGGAUAAAACGGAAAGUGCAUCCAAAGAAACAAAACUAUCUCCACAAAAUAGUUCCAAUAAAGAUAUUGCGAAUAUAAAUGAAUCCAUGAAAAUUGAAAUAAAGCAAUUGAAAGAAAAAUUGAAAUAUUUGGAAAUCGAAAAUGAAAAUUUAACCAAUUCAAUAAUAGAAAAAAACAAAAUUGUUGAAGAAACAAAAGAAAAAAUUAAUAACUUGCAAAAACAAAUUAACACUGUUAACGAAAAGGCAAAAAUUCAAUAUAUUACUCAAAUAGAAGAACAUGAAAAAAAAAUUAAUGAAUUGCAAAGCAAUCUAGAAAAACAAACCAAAGAUAAAAAUAAUAUAGAGAAUAAUUUAAAAAAUAAAAUAAAAGAACUCAUAGAUGAGCAAAACCUACUUAAACAAGAAAAUUCAAAUAUAGAUAAUCUACAAAAUAAAAUUAAUAAAUAUAAAGAAAAAAUCGACAGUUUAAUAACAGUUCAAAAUAUAAAUAAAGAAUUAGAAGAUAGGCUUAAGGGAAAUACCAAGAAAACGAUUGAUAUGGAAAAUGAGAUUCAGAAAUUAAGAACAGAGCUAAAUAGCACGAAGAUGUAUAAGGAUAAAUGUUCAAACCUAUCUGUAGAAUUGGAAAAGACAAAAAAUGAAUAUGAAAAACUUCAACAAGCCAUUGGAGAAAAAAAUAAAACCAUGCAACAAUUGAAAAACGAUUUGGAGGAAAAAACAAAAGCUUAUGAUUUAAUUAGAAAGGAGCAGAAUCUUAAUAAGUUCAACAUCGGACUAAGUAAUGUAGAUCAAACAGAGGAAUUAUUAAGACUUAAAAAGGAAAAUGAAAAUUUGAAGAAUGAAAUUGAUUUAAAAAAAAAUGAAGAAUUAAGCAAAGUAAAAGAGUUUGAAAAAGAGAUUCGCGAUUUGAAAAAAAUAAAUGAAGAAUUGAAAAAAAAAACUGAUGAAAUUAUGAAAAAUAAUUCUAAAUCUGAUAAAAAACUACCAGAAAAUGAUAAUUUAUACUUAAAAGAGAUCGAAGAGAAAAAAAAACACAUAGAAAAUAAAGAAAAGGAGCUAAAAGAAAAGCAAAAGGACUUAGAAGAUAAACAAAGAGAUAUAGAUAAUAAACAAAGGGAAUUGGACGAAAAACGCAAAGAAACCGAACAUAUAAAAAAAGAAUUGGAAGGAAAAAAUAAAGAAGUGGAGGAUAAGAAAAAAGAAGUCGAGUCAAAACAAAAGGAAGUCGAAUCAAAACAAAGGGAAGUAGAAUCAAAACAAAAAGAAGUAGAAUCAAAACAAAAGGAAGUAGAAUCAAAACAAAAGGAAGUAGAAUCAAAACAAAAGGAAGUAGAAACAAAACAAAAAGAAGUCGAAUCAAAACAAAAGGAAGUAGAGACACAACAAAAGGAAGUCGAAUCAAAACAAAAGGAAGUAGAAUCAAAGCAAAAAGAAGUAGAAUCAAAACAAAAGGAUAUUGAAAAUAGGGAAAAGGAAAGCAAAGAAACAAAAGUCGAAACGCCCAAUGAAAUCGAACAAAUGAAAAAAAAUAUAGAACAAAAACAAAAAGAAAUAAAAGAACUCAAAGAGGUUAAUGAAAAAAUUGUGUCACAAUUAUCUUCUAUGCAAGGAAAUGUAGAUACUAUCAUAAAUGACAAAGUAAUAAAAUUGGAAGCUGAAUUACUCAUGGAAAAGAAAAAUGCUGGAUUUAUUGAAGAAACCACAAAGAAUAAAUUAAGCAAGGAAUUCAAUUCGGCUCUUCAAAUUUUUAAGGACCAAUUACAAAUUAGAGAAAAGGAAAUUGAAUAUUAUAAGGAUGCAUUGAAAACCCAAAUAGAUAUUUCUAAGGAUGAACAAAAACUGCUAAGCGGUAUUAUUCAUGGUCUAGGUCUCAAAUAUAAACAACUGCAAACAUAUAACCUUUCAUUGAAAAAUGAAAUUAUAGGAAUAAAACAAAGAACGCAGGCAUAUGUAGAGCCAGAGAGAAAAUGA